UGUUUUUGAAAUUAUGUCUUAACAUUUCCCAAUUUUAAUAUUUCAUUGCAAAGACCACAGAUCACAGGUUUAUUGUGUUUAAUUAUGUUUUCAACAGAGCACAUUAUAUAGACCAAUAAAAUCAAGAAUACCACAGGAUGACAUUGAAACAUAUAUAUUUACUUUCUAUACGAGUAUCAUAGGCAACAAUAUUGACACCUUUGAAGCAAUGGUACUGACUCCAAGUCAAUUUUGUAUAAAAGAACUUGGUUUCAAAACAAAGAAGUUAGAAAAUAAUAUUGUUGCAACAGGUGUAUAUACCGAGUAUAAUCAAUUCAAAAAUGCGAUUGAGUCAUAUGACUUAAGCUUUGACAAUAAAAUAGCUGAAAUCAGUAGAAAAUGGACAGAGGAAGCAAUGGGUUACUACCGUUUUCAUUUAAAACAGGCUUCAACACCAACCGCCCAUGUACUAUUUAAUUAUGAAAAUUGGUGCGUUGAAUAUAUCAGCUCAUACUUUGGACUUAGAAUUCACGGUUUUAUCAGUGACUGAGGAUUUAUCACUGGAAUUAAUAUAUCUAGCCUACCAAUGAAGACAUCAAGAUUAUUGAGGGUAGACCAAAAGUCAAUAAAAAGUAUAUUAAAUUUGUAUAAUGAACCUAAAAAUUUAACUUAGGUAAUUAUCUUGUAUGUUAAAAUUUUUAAUUUAAAAAUAAAUAAUAUUAAAAUACCUA